AUGCCGUUACUCACUCUCAAAAUGGAUAUCGCUCACGGAGGCCUUGAUAUCCCUGAUGAUGACCAUAAGUUCAUUAACGAGAGAUUACUCAACGUUGCAAUUCCAUCCGAAUCCGAAACGACUGGCCCAAUCACACUCGAGAGAUGUUUGGAAGAGUACUUCAAUAAUCGAGUCGAUGUGCAGAGGAAAUUGGAACAGAGAGCAGGAUCAGCCACAGCAGAGCAGCCAAGCGACACAACCAUCGACUCACUUCUCUUAGACGAAAAGCCACCGAUAAAUGGUUCUCACAUCGAAUAUGCGGACCUGGGUUCCGCGCCACAAACGCCUAGUACUCCCUUAUCCCCCAAACCCCUCGAGCGUAAAAGCUCACUUCUUCGAACUGUCGACGGGACUAGUAAACAUGGUUUGCCUAAGCAGCGACGGCGGUCUCAGUCCGUUCGCAAGGAAAUAACAAUUCCGGCCUGGCAGUUCUUCAACUUGCUGCCUUUCUACACCGAUUGCGCGUCGACAAACGACAAGGAGCGGUCGACCACAAAAUCAACUUUCGCCAACCAUUUUUCGUCUAAGAGACCGAUUAUUGGUUUGUGCUUGAAACGUUAUACGUGGUCUGCUGCCGGAACGCCCAUUCGAAAUGGGGCGGAUGUCAAAAUUCCGACGGAAAUCGAGCUACCGCAUUUUGUAGGUGACGACGACAUGGAAGACUCGGGAAAUUUUAGAUUGUUGCUACAAAGUGCAGUCUGCCAUAGAGGAACGACUACUAACUCCGGUCAUUACAUUUCUUUGGUACGCACCGAGGACGAUAAGUGGAUGCGAUUUGAUGACCUUGCAAAGGAGCGAGUUGUUGAGGUGGACAGAACCAAGGCUUUCGCUGAAGAGUCACCCUACCUCCUAUUCUAUCAAGUUCAAGCCAUGGAGGGGCCGCCACCGUACGAAGAAGUUGAUAGUAGUCGAUCUUCACAAGAGGAGUCCCGCGGCUUGCCCACAUUCGAUUAUAGUGUUGCCGAAGGGCAAGACGGAUACAAUACUUCGGCAUCAUCUUCUCCCGUCCAGCAACCCCAGAUCAGUGAAGAAUCCCUAGCUCUCAAAGGACGAUAUUCGCUUGAUGCACAGUCGAAAGAAUCGCUUCGACCAUCCUCACGGCCAGAGCGGAGAAGCGUGGAUAUCAAAACGAAUGAGGCUAAGUCUCGCUCUUUGAGUCGUAACACCGAAAAUAGACUUUCGUUCGCCGGCCUCAGCCGACUGGCUGUUAGAAUCAGCAGGGACGGAAAAGAUGACGGUUCGACAAACGGAAAUAUUAGCAGCACGAGCUCGAUUGACGGCGAAUCGCACAACGGCGAGAAAGACCGAGAAGCAAAGCCGAAGAAGGACAAGGGCAAAGAGACUUUGAAAAAGGAUAAGCGAAAGUCUAGGAGACGCGAGACUGGUGAGGAUGAUAAGGAGUGUGUGGUUCAGUAG